CACUAGGCAACAAUUUCUCAAAUUUCAGUCCCACUAAGCCCUUCUUCCCUCUCUAUCGUUCGAUAAACCCUCCCGGUCUCUCUCCUGCGAUUCUCCGCCGCCGUCGCGUCAUCUCCGUCUUCUCCAGCCUCGCCGUCACAGUGCCAGACAGAGACAGAUUCGUUUGGUUUCUUCAACUGGAUUUGAAAGUCAUUGAUAGGGAAGGAGAACUGAAUUUCGGGGAAAAUGGUGGUUAGGAUUCGGUUAUCGCGUCUAGGAUGCAAAAACAAACCAUUCUAUCGUGUGAUGGCUGCCGAUAGCAGAUCUCCAAGAGACGGCAAACAUCUCGAAGUUCUCGGUUACUACAAUCCCUUACCUGUUCAGGAUGGUGGUAAAAGAAUGGGUAUCAACUUUGACAGAGUCAAGUAUUGGCUUUCUGUAGGAGCGCAACCUUCGAAUCCUGUUGAGCGUCUUCUGUUUCGAGCAGGGUUACUUCCUCCACCACCGACUGUGGCCAUGGCGCGCAAAGGUGGAGCUCGUGAUACUCGUCCUGUUGAUGCUUUAACCGGGCGUGUCAUUGAUCAACAAAAGCCUCCUAAUUCCGACAACAAGGAGACCUCUGUAACUGAAAACCCGUGAAGUCUUAUGUUUUUCAUUGCUGUCUUUAAGAGAAGAAAAUAAGAUGUUAUAUAUUGAUGUGUUGUUGAAACAGUUGAUUUCAAAAGUUUGGAAAAAUAGUUUGCUUAUCCUGUUUCUCCUGCAAAUGCAUUUAUUAGAAUUUGGAUCUGUGUUGUGUUGUUGUUGAA